AUGACUUUACCAAGCAAGUACCAGAAUGGAAGCAUUGAUUCCUCACUGAAAGGAGUAUACCGGGCUUCGCCCGUCAAACUUAUGAUUUAUGGAAGAGGGACCAGCAGCCAGCUCUCAGAUGUUGUAUCAGAGCUGGGCGGGACCAAAGCGUUCAUCGUAACCGGACGUUCGCUUUACGAGAAGACUCCAGUUAUCAAAAACAUAGAAAAGAGCUUAGGUUCUGUGCACGGGGGUACAUUCAGCAAAAUUGGGCAGCAUGCACCAAUUGGCGACAUCCGAGAAGCAACAGCUCUCAUGGCAAAGUCAGGGUGUGAUGUCUUGAUAUCGGUGGGUGGAGGAUCGCCUAUAGACUCAGCAAAAGCUAUAGCAUACAACAUACAUGAAGAGACAGGGAAGUGGGUGCCAAGCAUCGCUGUGCCAACUACCCUCAGUGUUGCCGAAACUACACAAAAUGCUGGGUUCACAACGGAGGAGAUGGCAAAGAUUGCGGUCAGCCAUCCUGAGCUAGUGCCCAAAGCUGUUGUAUACGAUGGUGAUCUUGCUAUUUACACCCCCCUGAAUCUCUGGACGAGCACCGGGAUACGGUCACUAGAUCAUGCCGUUGAAUUAAUGUAUCACCCUCUCGCCUCAGAAAUCCCAACCAAGCGCAUGUGCCUUGAAUCGAUCAAAGACCUCUUUACCUACCUUCCACAAUCCAAAUCCAACCCCGAAGAUGCUGAUGUCCGAACUAAGCUAUUCCUCGCUUGCUACUCCUCGCUAUUUCCUUUCCUCUACACCGGUGGUGUAGGUCUCAGUCACAGCAUAGGACACGCAAUUGGUGCAACAUAUGCUAUUCCGCAUGGCAUCACAAGUUGCUUGAGUCUGGCGCCAACAGUACAUCUCAAAGCCAGUAAUCCUGAGGAAGCAAAGCAGAUUGCGAGGAUUGUUCCCUACAUUGGAAAACAAAGCACUGGCAGUGCCGAGAACGAUGCACAUGUAGUUGGGGAUGCAAUUGCGGAGCUUGUCGACAAGCUAGGACACAAGACUACGUUGACAGCGUACAAGGUCCCAACAGGUGAUGCCGAGGAGGACGCGAUCGCAUCUCGCGCUCUUCACAGCAAGGAACACAAGGACUUCGCGAACUGUAAGUAUUCGAUAAGAACACUUAGUCAGCUGCAUUCCAACAACAUCAAAAUGUUCAUUCACAACGAUGAAUUCGUCGCAUUGCCUCAUAUUGUGCACGCAAAGUGUUUCCUUUUCCAUCUGAUCCGGAUAAGCGCUCUUCCACAUACUCAGCGCGGGGACUUUCCGCGACCCCAGAUCUCCACCGGCAUCGGCACGGCAAAUGUAUCGGGAGGCCCAAAGCAGUCUACCGGAAGCAACGCGUGGGUUGAAAAAGUCAUCUUCACGAUGAUGCAACGAGCAUUCCUCUUCGCGGCGCGCCGCAGCAGUCCUUCUAUCCGCUUCUUCUCCAGCAGCUGCUUCCGGUCCCAAAUCAACAAAAUCUAUCCCUCAGCCCAAGAAGCCAUCAAAGACAUGAAAUCCAACACCACGGUCCUGGUCGGUGGGUUUGGCUUCAGCGGGGUACCUAAUACAUUGAUCAACGCAUUGCGCGAUCGGACAGACCUCUCGAAUUUCACCGUUGUGUCGAACAACGCGGGAAUGCCAGGUGUGGGAUUGGGACAGUUGUUGGAUACGAAGCAGAUUGGGAAGAUGAUUGCGAGUUAUAUUGGCGACAAUAAGACUUUUGAAAAAAUGUAUUUGGGCGGCGAGCUGGACUUGGAGUUGACACCUCAGGGGACGAUUGCAGAGAAGUGUGCGGCGGGCGCGGCGGGGGUGCCUGCUUUUUAUACUCCAGCGGCUUAUGGGACGACAGUCCAAACAGGUGAACUCGCUGUGCGCUAUAACAAGGACGGCACGAUUGCUAAAAUGGCGCCUCCAAAGGAGACCCGCGAGUUCAACGGGAAAGCGUACGUUAUGGAAGAAGCCAUAUAUGGAGAUUACGCUUUUGUCAAGGUGGCGAAGGCAGACCGGCUUGGAAACUGCUCUUUCCGUAAAGCGCAGAAUAACUUCAACGAAGCGAUGGGCAAGAAUGCGAAGAUGACGAUCGUAGAAGCUGAUGAAAUUGUGGAAUAUGGAGAGAUUGCGCCUGAAAAUAUUCAUUUGCAAGGGAUCUAUGUCAAGAGAGUGGUACCGAGUAAAGAAGAGAAGAAGAUCGAAAGGUUAGUCUUCUAUAAGGAUCCAGAGGAGCAGAAGAAGGCACUACUAGAAGGAGGUUCAUCGGAAGCAUCACAAAAGCGUGAGCGCAUUAUUAAGCGUGCGGCUCAAGAGCUCAAGGACGGAAUGUACGUCAACCUGGGCAUCGGUAUGCCGUUGGCAGCCCCUGCCUUCCUACCCCAAGGUGUCGAAAUCAUUCUUGAAUCAGAGAAUGGUAUCUUGGGUAUGGGCGGGUAUCCAAGACCUGGUGAAGAAGACCCAGACCUUAUAAAUGCUGGAAAGGAGACUGUUACCCUGAUCAAGGGAGCUGCGACGUUUGGUAGCCACGAGAGUUUCGGGAUGAUCAGGGCUGGAAGGAUCGAUGUGGCCAUGUUGGGGGCCAUGCAAGUAAACGAAUUUGGAGCUGUAGACCUUGCAAACUUUAUGCUUCCAGGUAAAGUAAAAGGGAUUGGUGGCGCCAUGGAUUUGGUCGCAAACCCAACCCAAACCAAAGUAGUCAUCACGAUGGAGCAUGUCGACAAGAAAGGCAACCCCAAGAUCCUUGAGCAAUGCACCUUCCCUCUGACUGGCCAAAAAUGCGUCUCGACAAUCAUUACCGACCUCGCUGUUUUCGACGUAGAUCGAACGACGGGACUAACGCUGAAGGAAGUCGCGAAGGGCGUUACGGUUGAUGAGGUGAAGGCGAAGACAGAGGCACCGUUUAAGGUUGCGGAUGAUUUGAAGGAGAUGAAAAUAUAG